GCAAAUCACACACAUUCCUGCGAGCUUGAUGUGACCCAAAACACAGAGGAGAAAAGAUGUAAUUUAAUCAGGACCUAGUCUACCUUGUGCAUCGGAUGUAGAUCUGACAAACCGUUGCGAAAGGAGUCUUGUUGAUAUUAAAAAAAAAAGAAGAAGAAGAAAAGAAAAUGUGAUGAUGGUGUUUAUUUCAGACAAAAGUUUCUCGGCAAUGUUGCGGUUUUUAACUCCGCUGCUCCUCGGAGUGUUUUCACAGUCAACUGCUGCUAAUUGGAAUCAUCCACUAGCUGUUGUUCACCAGGGAGGUUCAACGCAUUGGGCGAGACAUGGGCGCUCUUUUCGACCAACACGGGAAACGGAAUCAUUGAUUGUACCGGCUCGAGCCCCAAGUGUCCAUCUAACACAGGAGGAGCUCCAAAAACUACGCUUCAAACCGACGGUCGGCACUAUCAAGCGGUCAGAGGGGAAAGAAGUCAAAUUUAACUGCUCCAUAGACAUUAAUGAUGUGAGCCAGGACCUGAAUAUUCUGUGGUUUAGGAAUGGCAAAGAAAUCCUUGAUGGCACGCAGGCAGAUGUGUACACCUUGCAAGAGACUGUCACCUUGUUGUCCACUGUAAGCAUAAGCAAUGUCCAGAGAACAGAUGCUGGCGAGUAUCACUGCCGGCUUAGUGUCAGCAACAAGAUCAUUGAGUCAAAUCCCAUCAUUUUAGAGGUAGAGGGCCUACCGACCUUCACUAUCCAGCCAAGUGAUGUGAACAUCACAAGGAACACUCCUUUCACAUUGACCUGUGAGGCUGUUGGUCCUCCAAAUCCUGUAACCAUCAAGUGGCUUCACAAAGGCAAGAGAUUUCAAGAACGCAAUGAGUCAUCCAGCACGAUCACCAUUGAAGGUGUUAAUGAACCCACCCUGUACAGCUGUGAAGCUCACAAUGAAAAAGGCCUCACGGUAUCCAGAGAGGCUCACAUCAAUAUCAAAGAGCUUCCUGAGAAAGUGUCUGAGGUCACUGUAGUUAAACGUGAGGCGAACAAACUCGUCUUGAGCUGGACACCAGGACAUGAUGGCUUCUCUCCUCUGAGCACCUGCUUAAUCACGGUACGAGAGCUUGGUCGAGAGUCGGCCCACCCCACUAUUGUUCGCAAGACAUCAGUACCUCCUUUCCAGUAUGAAAUCAGCAACCUCAGAGCCAUGACUUGGUACGACAUGUGUGUCUCCUGCACCAAUGAGAUCGGCUCAUCACCACCCAGCGCCUGGAUCCAGAGCAACACCACAGGGGGAGUCCCAUCUGAGGCCCCCCAAAAUCUGACAGUUCAUGUCAACAAUACUAUGUUGAUGAUCCGCUGGGAAGCUCCGCCCCCUGACAAGCUGAACGGAAUCUUGCAAGGAUAUGAUGUCACUAUCAAACAUGGGACACAGACAAACAAGAUUCACAGCAUGACUACAGAGGCCACAGUUACUCUGCAGGUGUUUAACACCACAUACAGUGUGGAGGUCGUGGCAUGCACUCAGACCGGCUGUGGGACUAAAACAUCACGCUACUGGCUCUUCAUACCAGACACAGAAUCUACCGAGUCACCAUUCACUACUCCAGUUCCCAAUCGGGCAGACUCUGCUUAUAUUGUGCUUGGAGUGGUUUGCGGUUUCUGUCUUUUGAUGAUUGUGUUGUUCGUGGCCGUGUGGUUGCGCAAUAGUUCUUAUUUGCGGUUUUUAUUUGGAACUGAUGAUAAACUUACUUCAAUCAUUGAGUUCAGGCCUCAGAGGACCUAUAACCGCUCAGCUAUCGAAAUCACACUUGCCAGUUUGGACAUCAGCAGCGAGCUUCUAGCUAAACUCCAAGACGUGAUGAUCCUUAGGAACCUGCUGUCCAUCGGUAAAGUCCUUGGAGAAGGUGAGUUUGGAUCAGUAAUGGAGGGACAUCUGAGACAACCUGAUGGAACCAGUGAAAAAGUUGCAGUGAAGACCAUGAAAUUGGAUAACUUCUCUCAGAGAGAGAUUGAAGAGUUUCUGAAUGAGGCUGCUUGCAUGAAGGAUUUUAACCACCCGAAUGUCAUCAGACUCCUGGGUGUGUGUUUGGAGGUGGGCUCAGGACACUUUCCCAAACCGAUGGUUGUGCUCCCCUUCAUGAAGUAUGGAGACCUGCACAGCUUCCUGCUCCGAUCCCGUCUCGGGGAAAGCCCUGCCUAUCUCCCGAUACAGAUGCUGUUGAAGUUUAUGAUUGACAUCGCUUGUGGAAUGGAGUAUCUCAGCAAUAGAAACUUCCUACAUCGCGACCUUGCAGCGCGCAACUGCAUGUUGCGUGAUGACAUGAGCGUGUGCGUUGCUGACUUUGGCCUGUCUAAGAAGAUCUACAGUGGCGAUUAUUAUAGACAGGGCAGAAUCGCAAAGAUGCCUGUCAAGUGGAUCGCUGUGGAAAGCCUCGCUGACAGAGUCUUCACUGUGAAAAGUGAUGUGUGGGCCUUUGGAGUGACCAUGUGGGAAAUUGCCACCCGAGGCAUGACCCCGUACCCUGGCGUACAAAACCACGAAAUGUAUGAUUAUCUCCUUGAAGGCAACCGACUGAAACAACCAAACGACUGUCUUGAUGAACUGUACGACAUCAUGUUCAGUUGCUGGAGCACUGACACGGUGGACCGACCCGAUUUCACACAGGUGCUAGAGAGGUUAGAAAAUCUAGCAGGGAAGCUUCCCGAGGUGUCCAACAGGAGAGACAUCAUCUACAUCAACACCAGCUUCACUGAGGAAGAAUUAAUAACUGACACACCUGAGGAGGAACCCGUCCUUACCUCAUCUCCCUCCUGUAGCCGUCAAAACGCAGACACAUCCGUCGUGACGGCAGACGUUCACAAGAGCACGGAUGCUGAGGAAGAUGAUCGUUACGUUGUUGUUGUUUCCUCUGUUGAACAUGUGUGGACGGGGGCGAGCAGUGCUGUCGAUACGCCACUGUUGGAUCACGAACUCCUGGUGCGGGACAGUGUGGAAAUAGUCGGGGAAGGUUCAGGGACACAGCAAAUAUCUAGCGACACAACACGUUUGCUCUAAAGAAGAGGCAAAAGAUGGGUAGAAUGAUGAAAAGCAUUAGAAAAUUGGCUCAACCGAUUUUUUUUUUUUUCCAGUAUCCGACUUUAAAGUGUAAUUUAGGUGCCCACAGUGUCACUAAAUGGAACUGGAAAUAUAAUGACUUUUCAAACAGGUUUCCCAAACAUUCUUCCUGUCUUUUAUUGGUCGGACAAACAGUUAGUCCACAACAAACUCACACUAUGUUGGGCUGCUCAAAAAAACAGAAAACAAUGUUUUGAUAUGAUUUUAUAGUGCCACAGAGCCACAGUGUUUACACUUUUUUGGGAAGUCAACCUACAAAUGGCUUACUUAUAGCUGACUCUGCUUAUUAAGCUGGGAUACAAGAAAGAAUAUUAACGUAAAAGAACAUAAUUUGGUUGUUUGUAGUCUGUACUCUUAACAACAUUUUUUUUUGUUUUUUUUUUUGCUCUUACAAUUUCGAUCCAAAUCUAAUUUAGAUCAAAAUUAUAACUUUUUUUUUUUACAAACCUGGGCCUCGUUUCCCAAUAACGAUUAAUCUUAGCAGUUAAGUGCGUUUUCUACGAG